GGCCUGAAAUCAGUCAUGUGGUAAAUCACAACAUAACAAGUCAACGUGGGAGACCAAUGAUGUGGAUCCCAGAUUCGGAUACAAACUGAAGUCUUCUUCUGUAUGAACGUUGCAUACUGCAGGUACUUGUUUGAUGAUAAUACGAGGUUGACAUGGGCUGUUUUUGAUCAUACAUGUUUCAAAAUGCAUUCUCUCUACCUGGUAACUGCUUGUCUUUUCAUUCGGAACUAUGGUUUGUGUCAAAAUAUUGAUGGCCAACAAAAAACAACGCAACCGGUUGUUUAUGUAAACACAUCAGCAGCUUAUCAUAUACUGACUGGUUCUGCUUCACGCAUUAGGGCUCCAACUGUUAAUCCACCAUUGCAAACAACUGGUGUACCGAUUAGCAAUGCAGAGCCUACUCCCCAGGUGUCUAAUCGCAUUGUUGUUAGUCCAACACAGCAUUACCCCAGUAGCCCUACUGAGAGCAGUCAUUUCAUAACCGAUCCUUCCAGGGAAAAUAUUUAUGUGUCACCUCUGUACAGAGCGGGGGAGCCCCAAGAACCAGGGAUUGGUGAAGAUAUAAUUGAGAGAACCAAACUCCCUCCAACCACCUCCAUGAUGAAACCCCCAAGCACACCUUUCAAGAAUACAUUUCCACCUAAAACCAGAACUGAGGCUCGACAUACAGUCUCAAAACAGAGACCUACCACACGAACAGAACCAAGAUUAAUAACGAAAAAUCUGUCAAAAAAUAGUACAUCGACACGACGAAAUAACAAACCUACAUCAUCAACACCAUGUUCAAAGUAUGAUGGAACUUACUUAGAGCUUGUGUUUGAAAACAAUAGCCAAGAGCCGUGUAUGAAGCAAAUGGAAGAGAUACAAGAAGGAAUUAUUAAAUAUGCAAAUGUACAAGGAUUAGACUUUCCUGCUCAUUCUGUUAUUGUUUUAAAUCAAUGUAAGAUUUGUGGAACACAGUUUAAAAACGAUACAAUUACUCUUGAAUUCUGUAUAAAAAACGAAAAAAGAUGUGAUGUUGAUGCUACAAAGAAUGCUUGGCGUAAAAUGGAUGAGCGAACAGAGAGAAAAAAGCUAGACAAAUACAUACCUGUGACGAUAAUAUCAAUCGAGCUGCAGACACCUAUAGAAAAGAAAAAGAAAAAGGAAGUCAACAUACCCAUGCUUGUUGGCUUACUCAGUGUUGCUUUCCUGAUGUUGAUCUUAGGAGUAUUUAUAUUCCGUGGAAAAGUGAAGAAGAAACCUGUAAAAGACCGUUUCUACUUUGAUGGUAGCAAAAUUCAGGAGUGUCUGGAAUUAGCAACUGAUGGUAUUGUCAACGAAUCCUACGGCCUGGAAAAGGUUAAGGACAGGCAAUUGAAGCACAUGUCUCUCCUAGUUCCUGCUAUAAAUCUGGGCCUAGAUAUAGAUGAGGAAAACAAACCAGAUAAUGAACUUCCAUCACACCUGCUUUCUGUAAAUGCAUUGAAAAUGUACUUUACCUACAAAGAAGCUAUUGAUGAGGAAUUUAAGUCUUUACCAUAUUUUAGGCCUUUGCUCAAAGACUUGCCAGUUGGAGUGGGAGCUAAGAAUAGAACAGCCCAGGUUCUUCCGCCAUUGGAUACAAGAAUUAUAUUAUCAUCGAGGAUGGAGUGCAAUGGUUACAUCAAUGCUAACCAUGUUAAGGGGUACCAGUCAUCAAAUGUUGCGUACAUUGCUACACAAGCUCCACUGAGCAACACAUGCGCAGACUUCUGGCACAUGGUUUGGGAGCAACAGUCUCGUGUCAUUGUCAUGCUUUGUACACCUGAUGAAAUUGGCAAGAAUUUGCUGCAGUAUUGGCCAAAGAAUCGUGGGAUGGAGGGUGCUCUUCUCUUUGGUGAUAUACUUGUUAGUUUAGAAGAAGUGACCUCCACUGAACACCACACAGUUUCAAACCUUGUUGUCAAAGAUAUAGAGAAGAACCUAUGUCGACCAGUUUGCCAUUAUUGGUUCAGUAGCUGGUGUACUCAAGGGGUUCCUAGUAGCCCCGCAGAUAUCACUGGCCUCCUGUUACACAUACGGGAAAGUACCACUGAAAACCAAGGACCAAUGGUAGUACAUUGCAGUGAUGGUGCAGGCCGUACUGGUGCGUUAAUUGCCAUAGACAUUAGUAUGCGUGAGCUGGAGGACACUACACAUGUUGACGUGCCACGGACAACUUGCAUGGUGAGGAGAGCUAGAGGGAGUGGUGUUGAGAAUGCCCUGCAGUACAAUUACAUUUAUCAGGCUUUGUAUGACUACUCUCAGAGACUGUCUCGAGCCAAUCAGCAACCAGCAGGAUGGUAACCACGGAAGCCAGUUAAAACUAGCCAACAAUCAGAACUCUUGAGAUGUCAGCACAGUGAGAGAUAGUCUGAAUAGAGGGAUUUCGAGAGCUUUUGUUGGAUUUGUAACUAUGACUAAUGAUUAGAUACAAAGAGAAAGUCUUAGAUCUAUCUUCCAAAUAUGCUUACAACCUGGUAAGGAUAUUUUGUAAAGGUCAAUGUGAAUUUGAGUACCUUGAAGCCCCUUAAGUUAUUCGGCAGGGGGCCAAGCUCAGGGAGCAAGUCUACCUAUAAGUUUAGGCUGAUUGAAUGCGAUGACCUCAAAAUGGUCUUGGCUAUUUCACAGAAUCUUUAUGUGUGAAUAUUCCAGCUAUUUACACACUGUUUUCAUUUUUAUGCUAAACAACAAAAUACAAGUUUUAUUGGUUUUUUAUGGACUUCCCCACAUUGAAAGAACUUUAUGUAGUCUAUGCAGUAGCAGGACUGUAGAACAUUGAGACACUAGUGGAGGUAAGAUAGAUUUAUGAAUAUAACUAUUUGUAUAUUGAAAGAGUUGUUAAUUUAAUUGAUUUUUUACAUGAAUUAUAAAGCAUAAAU